AUGAGGCGUUUUACUCAGUUGAAGGAGUUUGUUAAGCCUUCCAAAACUAGAUUUGCAACGGCUUUCUUAACUUUACAAAGGGUUUAUCAACAAAGGAACAAUUUGAGGAAGAUGUUCACUUCGGAGCAGUGGACCAAAAGCAAAUGGGCGAAGGAGCCACCGGGUAAGAAGACAGCUCAAAUACUACUAACGCCUUCAUUUUGGAACCAUUGUCACUUUGCCCUCCAAUUUUCAUGUCCUCUUGUUCAUGUACUAAGAAAGGUUGAUGGUGAAGAAAAGCCUCCAAUGGGUUACAUUUAUGAGGCUAUGGAUAGGGCUAAGGAAGCUAUUGCAAAUAGCUUCAAUGGAAAUGAAGAGAAGUACAAAGAUGUGUUUCAAAUCAUUGACCAAAGGUGGAAUGUUCAAUUGCAUCGCCCUUUACAUGCAGCUUGGUUUUAUUUAAAUCUAGAAUUUCUUUACAAAGAUCCAAGGGCUGCAAAGGACAAAGAAAUUGUAUCAGGCCUAUAUCAAUGUAUAUCAAGGUUGAUCCCAACACUAGAGGCCCAAGAUAAAGUUACUACAGACUUGAAAAAAUAUGAAAAUGCUGAAGGAAUUUUUGGAAUACCUAUGGCAAUUAGACAAAGAACUACAAGGGUACCAGCUAAUUGGUGGAGUUCUUAUGGUCAUGAUGCUCCCGAGUUGCAACAAUUUGCCAUCAAAUUUCUUAGUCUUGUAGUUUAUCUAGUUGUGAGCGGAAUUGGACUUUACAGCAAAAUAAGAAAUAGGCUAGCUCAAAAACGUCUCAAUGAUUUGGUGUCAACAGCAGGAGUUGAGGAAAGAAGCCAAAGAACUAGAUCAACCACAACUAGGACAACUCCAAUUGGUUCAAGCUCACCUCAACUUGUAGAUGAGGAAGAGGAAUGGGAAGAUGUAGAUUCAGAUGAGGAAGGAGAGGAGGAUGUGGAGGGAUAUAAAUCUAAUGAUGAUGAAGGAGAUGAUGGAGAUGACGCUUAUUAUUAA